CCGCUAAACUAGACAGCUUGUUUGAGCUCAACUGACUCAGACGCGUCUAUGAUCCCUAAAGUGCUCUCUCAGGAGUCAGCUCACUCAAGUAUAGCACACAGCCUGCGGGUUUUCUGCGGGGCUUGCCUCUCGUGAGAUGAGAUGCGGGAUAAAGAUGGCUUGAGGCGCAGACACAGACAAGGCUCGAGGGAGAAGAAAGCUUCAGGAAGGAGAAGGCAUAUUGAAGAUGAGCAUUCAGUCAGCCAUCAGCCGUGAGAUCUUUGUCCCAAGAGAUGAAAAGUUACUGGUAGCCAUCGAGGUGAGGAGGAGGAUGAAGAGGAAAGGACUGUCCUUCCUCAAUGCAGGUCGCAAGCGGGACUACUUAACCUACCUCUGCCUGUCAGUUACUAACAGCAGACCAGCUCAAGUCCUCAUUACUAAAGUUAAGAGGUCUCGAGGCACAAGACAGCUUGCUAAAAGGUCUCAAUGGUCCGUGGAGCAGCUGCGGCAGGUCAAUGGCAUCAACCCCGAUAAGGACACUCCUGAGUUCGACCUAGUGUUCGACCGCACCACUGAUCAAUGGACGGCCAGCUCAGCUGCAGAGAAAUGCAUGUUUGUGCAGGUUCUGUACCACUCUUGUCAAAACUACUGGGAGGCCAAGCUUGCCCAAGCCAGCCCAGCAUCCCCUGCAGACCAGAAGACCCCGGGAGCAACGGAGAACAAGAAGAGCCCUGGAGCUCCAAGCCAAACUAGCUUUGUCAACUGUCAGCAGAAGCUAAUGGGAGAUGCUUGUUCUGUUUAUAUGGUUAUCUACCGCUGCAAGAUUUUUUUGAACAGAAUGAAGAACAGUAUGACAGCAAACCAGGGCCGUCCUCAGCGUGAAGCAGCAGCUGUUGAAGCAUCCAGGAGCAGGAGCAGCCCGUCUCCUCCGACGGUGAGGAAGAUGGGGAACGUGAUGCGGAGGGCCAGUCAGGUUCUGAGUGAACGCGGGGAGCGUCUGAUGAGGGCCGGCGAUGAAACCAGCCGCUCGCUGCACGGGGCCAGAGAGUUUGCAGAAACUCUGCAGAAGCUGGCUCUGAAGCAGAUUUAGAGGUGGUCCUGAAGCCCUGUAAACACAGUUUAAUUAAAAAGAAGCUCCUAAUCGUCUGGUCGCUGGAAAAUCUUCAAAUGUAACUUCUCAUCCAAUUCAAAUGCUGUUUUUGAGUCCGAGGCACUUUGUUCAGCUUCCUCUUCACCUGCAGACUGGACUCAUAUUUAUGUAUUUUGUUUUUCUUAAUGCAUUUGCAAGCCAUUGAGCAUUUUAAGCAGUGACUGAUUUGCAGAUCUGUUUAUUCUGCCCUUUCUACAGUGAGCACAGUUUAAUAUAGCAGCAGGUGGCUGCUCCUUUCUGUAGGUUUAGCACUUCAGCUUAUUGGAAGCACCAUUUCUUUUCCAUUAACAAUAUAGUAAUUAUUUAUUUUGAACUCUUAAAAUAAUAGGAUCAUAUAGAUUAUAAUUGCCCACAUGAUAAUGGUUAAGUUAACAGUGGUAUAUUACUUCAUUUGAUAUAACACACAGAGAUACUCGUCUGUAUGGUCCUCUGAUCUUUAGUUCUGGAAGCUGCUUUUAUCUGCUUUUUAGAUUAAGUUCCUUAAAGAUGCUACAAGCUGUUUUAUUUCAUUGUGAACACAGUGUUUAUUUGAAUGUGAUCUGUGUGUGAAUAACGCUGUCAGUGCAGUCUUCGUCUGCUGAUUCUGUGUAAUGUGAUAACAGUCAGCUUUGUUUGUGUGAUUGUGAUCAGCAGUAGCAGGAGCUGCGUGCCAUUAAGAGGCCAGAGGGUGUUUUCCGCAUGGAGUCGGACUCCCUGUUUGGUGUUGGCAUGUGUGAUGCAUCCUGAUUUCUGCUCAUGUCCUUAUGUUGUCUCCUUGGCCUGCGUUUUAUAGCCUAUUGCUUUUAUGUCCAGUUUAGAUUUCAUUAUAUAUAUGUGUAACAGAGAAUUGUAUCUGUCUUUGUCUGUGCUCCUGUACACGUUAAAUGUGUAAACCCCCAUCAUUUGAGCAAUAAAUGACAGGGGACCUA